AUGGCCAAGGUUGUAGCUCUCGCAUCCACCCUCUGCAUCUUGGCUGUUGCCGCCAUCGCCAACGCCCACAACAACCUCUCCUUAUUCAAUGUCGAGGGCGACGUCUAUUGCGACCCUUGUCGUGUCCAAUUCGAAACCGAGCUCUCACACAAACUCGUUGGUGCCACCGUGCGCCUGGAGUGCAGGCACGCUGACACCAAGACUGUGAUCUACUCGUUGGAAGGGGUCACGGGCCCCAAUGGGCAUUACAACCUCCCGGUGGUCGGGGACCACGGGGACGAGAUCUGUGAGGUCUCGGUUGUCAAUAGCCCAAGCAGCAAAUGCAACGAGCCGUUGGGCGAGAAGUCGAGGGUUGUUUUAUCUAACAACGACGGCAUGCACUCGACUGUGAGGAUUGCCAACGCUAUCGGGUUCCAGACAAAGACUGCCCUCCCACAAUGUGGGCCCGUCCUCUUCAACAUGGGUGUCGUCGUCGAAUCACAAUAA